AUGGCCAUGAACAAGUUUCGUCUUGCCCUGCUACAACUGGCGGUGACGCCCAACAUUUCGAGAAACCUCGAAAGAGCCAGUGAGCGAAUCAAAGAGGCGGCGUCUGCGGGAGCGAAGAUGGUCUGCCUUCCUGAAUUCUUCAGCUUUCCGUACGAGCCGAAGUACAUAACAAAGUACGCCGAGCCGAUUCCCGGAAAAACCAGCGAGAUGCUGUCAAGUUGGGCCAGUAAAAACCAGGUCUACCUCAUCGCCGGAACAAUGUCGGAGAGGGAAAAUGACAAAACCUACAGCACCUGCUUGGUCUACGGACCGGACGGUGCGCUGCUGGCCAAGCACCGCAAGGUACACUUCUACUCAACCAACGUCCCCAGCAAAGUCGUCUUCAGCGAGACGGGCUUCAUGGCACCGGGCGACAAAGUGUCCACCUUGGACACACCGUACUGCAAAGUGGGCAUCGCCGUAUGCUACGACAUCGCGUUUCCGACCUUUGCCGAGCUGUACGAGCGGCUCGGCUGCAAGUUGCUGGUGUAUCCGGGAGCGUUCAACAUGUACAACGGUCCGCUGUUCUGGGAGCUUUAUUCGAGGGCUAGGGCGACCGACAACCAGGUCUACGUGGCGUCCGUGUCGCCCUCGAGGGACGAAACGGCCUACUACGUCUUUUGGGGACACAGCAUGCUGGUAGAUCCCCUAGGUAAAGUGGUCCGGUCGGCUGGGGCUGGUGAAGAGAUUGUGCUUGCUGAUGUCGAGAUAGACUAUCUGGACUUAAUGAGGAACCAGAUGUCCCGCGUCAAACAUAGAAGGAACGACCUGUACGAGGUAGUCGUCCGCAGGGACGCGGAAACUAACGUCCAGGCUUAAGACGGACUGCGAUCUGCGAUAGCGACAGCGCAGUAACAUCUGCCAUCUACUAUACGGGAAGAAAUCCGGAGGGUUGUAGGUCGGGUGUUUUAUAUGUUUGGGCAUAAAAAUAUUUUGUUUGCGAAUGUUUUUUUUUUUUUUCGUUGUCUGUAGGCCUGCGAACUUUAGUUUGUUCACAUCGCUGUCGUUGUUGUUGUUUACCAACGUGCUUUGUUUUUGAUAUUGGUUUUAUAACCAAUGCCACAGUUCUAUUACCCAAGAAAUUAAAUUUGGUGAAACAGUAUUGGUAUAUUUAAGUUUUAUCGAGUACGAAGAUCUCCUCUGCACCCCAAUCGCUCCUUGCAUUGGUACAACAACGUGAUUGUAACUUUGCCUGACAUGAACAUCAUUUGUCUUGAAAGAGUGCAAAUAAAAGCUUUGAUCUGCCAAGCGUUACUCUUCUUGAA